AUGGUUGGGAAGACUUUAUUUAAGGGUGGGGACUAUUGCAAUAGGCGUAGGGACCACUACAGUGGGAUCUUGCAGUGUGGGAGAGAGAUUGAACUGCACUCUGAAUACAACAAGGAAAAGUGGGAAUUUAUAGCCAAGGAGGUGGGAAUGCAUGGAUGGAAAAUGACUAAGAAGAAACAUGAGGAUGCAGAGCCUAAAUAUCUGAUUGUUGUGCGGCCUGCUCCUCCUCCAAGUCGAAAGAAGUCAUGCUCAGGUAAAGCACGCUCUCGCAAACCUCUCCAGCUGGUGGUUGGCACUCUGACACCAAGCUCCGUAUUCCUAUCCUGGGGUUUCCUCAUUAACCCACACCAUGACUGGACAUUACCAAGUCACUGUCCCAAUGACAGAUACUAUACGAUUCGCUAUAGAGAAAAGGAUAAGGAAAAGAAAUGGGUUUUUCAACUCUGUCCGGCCACUGAGACAAUUGUGGAAAAUCUAAAACCCAACACAGUUUAUGAAUUCGGAGUGAAAGACAAUGGAGAAGGUGGAAUUUGGAGUAAGAUUUUCAAUCACAAGACUGUUGUUGGCAGUAAAAAAGUAAAUGGGAAAAUCCAGAGCACCUAUGACCAAGUCCACACAGUGCCAGCAUAUGUCCCAAGGAAGCUAAUCCCAAUAACCAUCAUCAAACAAGUGAUUCAGAAUGUUACUCACAGGGCUUCAACUAAAUCCCCAGAUAAGACUCCCUUUGGAGGAACAAUAUUAGGCCUUAAUGAAACCACUGUGAAACUUCCUACAUCCAUAAUGCUUGAGAUUUCGGAUGCAAUCAAGACACAGUUAGCUAAGAAUGAAACGUUGGCAUUACCUGCUGAAUCUAAAACACCAGAGGUAGAAAAAUUCCCAGCACAGCCCGUAACAGUGACUGCUGAGUCAGUGCCAAGGACCACGAAACCCACUGUGUCUAGCGCAUUAGAAUUUUCAGAAAAAACACUGGUUCUCAGCGAAAGGACCCCGGAAACCCUGCAAACUAUUCUAAUACCUAGGUUUGAAUUGCCACUGAGCACUCUAGCUCCGAAAAGGCUUCCAGAAUUUCCUCAGGCAAACACACCCUUUCCCUUUGAGAAGCCUGAGGGCACUCUGGCUUCGAGUGAAAAGCCAUGGAUUGUGCCUACAAGUAAAACAUCUGAAGAUUCCAAACUUCUCCCACCUCAAACUGCCACUUACGAUGUUUUCUCAAGCCCUGCGACAUCAGAUGAACCUGAAAUGUCAGAACCCCACACAGCAACAAGUGAUCCAUUUCUGGAUUCUGUCCCACCUAAAACUUCUAGAACUCUUGAACAGCCAAGGGCAACACUGGCUCCAAGUGAAACACCAUUUGUCCCUCAAAAACUGGAAAUCUUUACCAGUCCUGAAAUGCCACCUACAACAUCUGCUGCCCAGCAAACUACAUCUAUCCCUUCUACACCUAAACGACGCAUCAGGCCCAAACCACCAAGAACCAAACCUGAAAGAACCACAAGUCCUGGAACAAUUACACCUAAAAUUCCUAAAAGCCCUGAACCUACAUGGACAACACUGGCUCCCAGUAAAACACAGUUUAUUUCUUUGAAACCUAAAAUUCCUCUCACCCCAGAAGGGACACCCACCAAACCUGCUCCACCAAAGACCAAACGACCAGGUCGUCGCCCCCGCCCUAAAACCACACCUAGUCCAGAUGUGCCCAAGUCCAAACCUGCUCUGGAACCUGCUACGGUACCUCUGGAGCUCUCGGUGCCCACAAUCGCGUCAAAACCAUCCAAAAGACCUAAAACCACACAUAGACCAGAUGCACCUCAAAUCCAGCCUGAUUCAAAACCACCAAAGCAAUUACUUCCUAAACCCCAAACUCCAGCACAACCAGUUACGCCACCAACUAAACCCGUCUUUGAGCCUGUUACAUUUGAGACGGAAGCUCCCUCCCCAACCAUAGUUCCUGCCACAGACCUUGAACCUGUAACUCUGAGAACUGAGAGUCCCAUGACAACGUUGGCUCCAAAAACAUCACAACGACCAAGAACACGCCGUCCACGUCCCAAACAUAAAACCACACCGAGCCCAGCUGCAUCUCAGAGCAAACUAGCUACAACAACAAAGAGACCUCGUCGUCCACGCCCCAAAGCUAAAACCACAUCCCAUCCAGAAGUACCUCAGACCAAACUGGUUCCUACCACAAUCUUUGAACCAGUUAUACUUAGAACGGAGGCUCCAGUGACCACACUAGCUCCCAAAGCGCCUCAGCAAACUCAUCAUCCACAUCCCAAACCUGAAACCACAGGGAGUCCUGAAGCCCUUCAGACUGAACUGGUUCCUGUUACAGACCUUGAACCUGUUACUCUUAGAACUGAGACAUCUGGGACAAUAUUAGCUACUAAAACAUCACAAAGACCCCGUCGUCCACGUCCCAGACCUAAAACCACACCAAGCCUUCAAGUACCUCACACCAAAUCCGUUCCUGCUACAGUUCUUGAACCUGAGACCCCAGGAACAACAUUAGCCUCUGAAACAUCACAACAGACACAUCGUCCACGUCUCAGACCAAAAACCACACCAAGUCUUGAAGCUUCUGAGUCCAAACCAGUUCCUACUGCAGACCUUGAACCUGUUGUGUUCAGAACUGAGACAUGGGUAACAACACAAGCUCCUAAAACAUCAAAACGGACCCGUCGUCCACAUCCCAAACAUAAAACAACACCAACUUCUGAAGCACCUCAAACAAAACUGGUUCCUACUACAGAUCUUGAACCUGGCCCUCUUAGAACUAAAGCUCCAGAAAUCGUGGUUCUUCCUACAGCCCUUGAACCCAUCACUCUUAGAACCAAGGCUCCAGAAACAGCAUUAGCUCCUAAAACAGUACAACGAACCCGUCGUCCACGUCCCAGACCUAAAACCACAUCAAGCCCUGAGGCACCUCAGACCAAACAGGUUCCUGCUACAAGCUUUGAACCUGUUAUUCAUAGUUCUGAGGCUCCAGAAACAACAUUAGCUCCCACUGAACUGCAAACUCUUAUUUUGAAACCAGUGACAUCACCAAUCCUAGAAAUGACACAGAGUCAACCUGUUUCUGAAGUCCUGGAAUCGGUUACAUUAAGCACUGAGUCAUCAAAGGAAGCUCUAGCACCAACUGUAACAGAUUAUCUGUACCCCUCUGCCAAAACACCACUCAGUCCAGAGGAACCAAAGACUGGAGUUGUGGAAUCUAUUACAAAUGUGUCUGAACUACCCGAGACCACGCUAGAGACAUCUCCUCUGCUUUCCCAAACUAUAAUCCCACCCAGCCCAGAUGAGCCUUCGACCGAGCCGGCUCCCAAGCAGACACCGCGUGCUCCUCCCAAACCAAAAACAUCUCCACAUCCGAGAAUCCCACAAACACAGCCAGCCCGCAAGGUGUCCCAGCGUGUUACUUCAAAGCCAAAAACAUCACCAAGUCCAGAAGUAUCAUAUACUCCACCUGUUCCAAGAGAUGUGCUCCUUCCCCCUAAACCAGACCCUGAAGUCUCUCAGAGCGAACCUGUUCUGCAACCUGUUACCUUUAGAAUUGAUCCACCAGAGACAACAAUAGCUCCUUUAGAGACACGAGGCAGCCCUUUCAUACCCAUGAUUUCACCAAGUACUACUAGUGAAGAGGAACUGCAAGCCACUCUGGCAGAAACAGACCAAUCCACCCAAGGAUUCUUCACAACUAGGAUUCCACUAACAACUGAAUUGGCAAAGACAACUCAGGCACCACACAGAUUGUAUACUCCUCCUGUGAGGCCCAGAAUACCAGACAAAGCACACAUCAGACCCAUUCUGAAUAAGACAACUAUAAGACCUAGUAGACUCAAACCCAGUAGGACUCCCAAAGAGAAUGGAAUGGGAACAGGGGUCAAGCAAGCACCAAAGCCAUCAGGUGCUGGUAAAAAUGUGUCAGUGGACUCCACCCACUCUACCAAAAAACCAGCCGCAAUCCCAGGCACUCGCCGCCCACCCUUGCCACCCAGACCUGUGCCCCCACGAAGAAAACCUUUACCACCAAAUAACGUCACCGGCAAGCCAGGAAGCGCAGGAAUCAUUUCAUCAGGCCGAGUAACUUCUCCACCCCUGAGGGCCACACUUAGGCCUACUGAAGCCCCUUCAGAGAGAACAGAGACAGAUGAAAAGCAACCAACAGCUCCUGCCUCAGGAGAAGAUCUUGGUAAUAUAACUGACUUUAGCUCAAGUCCAACGAGAGAAACUGAUCCUCUUGGGAAGCCCAGAUUCAAAGGUCCUCAUGUGCGAUACAUCCAAAAACCUGACAACAGACCCUGCUCCAUCACUGAUUCUGUCAAACGGUUCCCCAAAGAGGAUGCCACCGAGGGGAAUGCCACCAGCCCACCGCAGAACCCACCUACCAACCUCACUGUGGUCACUGUGGAAGGGUGUCCCUCAUUUGUCAUCCUGGACUGGGAUAAGCCACUAAAUGAUACCGUCACUGAAUAUGAAGUUAUAUCCAGAGAAAAUGGGUCAUUCAGUGGGAAGAACAAAUCCAUACAAAUUACAAAUCAAACCUUCUCCACAGUAGAAAAUCUAAAACCAGAUACAAGCUACGAAUUCCAGGUGAAACCCAAAAACCCACUUGGAGAAGGCCCACCCAGCAACACAGUGGCAUUCAAUACUGAAUCAGCGGACCCAAGAGUGAGCGAGCCAAUUUCUGCAGGGAGAGAUGCCAUCUGGACUGAAAGACCCUUUAACUCAGACUCUUACUCAGAAUGUAAGGGCAAACAGUAUGUCAAACGGACGUGGUAUAAAAAAUUUGUAGGGGUGCAGCUGUGCAACUCUCUCCGAUACAAGAUUUAUCUGAGCGACUCCCUCACAGGAAAAUUUUAUAACAUAGGCGAUCAGAGAGGCCAUGGAGAAGACCACUGCCAGUUUGUGGACUCGUUUUUAGAUGGACGCACAGGACAGCAACUCAGUUCUGACCAGUUACCCACCAAAGAAGGCUAUUUCAGAGCAGUUCGUCAGGAACCUGUCCAAUUUGGAGAAAUAGGUGGUCACACCCAAAUCAAUUAUGUCCAGUGGUAUGAAUGUGGGACCACAAUUCCUGGAAAAUGGUAGAUGCUGCAAUCAGGAUCAAAAGUGCCUUCUGUUUAUCAUGGCAAAAAAAAUAAUUGGAAACACUAUAGUAUUUGUCACAUUCAUUUAAAGCUAUUAUGUUUACUAUGUAUUAAAGUUUAAUAGCCAUAGUAGAUGUUUAUUAGAAAUGUUGCUGAGAAUAUUUAUCAGGUUUUACAAAAUCAUUUUAAGAAAACAAGAUAUUGACAUUAACAGGAUAACAUUUUUAGGGAAGCUGGCUCCCUAUCCAUGGUAUUUUAAGAGAUCAUUUGUAUAUUAUUUAUCACUCUGUUGUAAUGAUGUUUUGAGAUACUUUUAUAACAAAUUUAACAUCAAAAACUAAUAUACUUUAAAAAAAAUAUUUACUUUUAUUAAAGUGUAUUCUUCUUACUGAUGAGUUAAUUCCAUAAAUCUCAACUUGGUUUAACUUAUUAGAUCAAAUUAUCUGAGCAUUUGUAUCUGGGGGAAAAAAGGUCCUAAUAAAUAUUCAUGUUUAUUUAAACUUCAAAUUUUUAGCCAUAGCUAAAUAGCUUUUCUGAAGCAUUUCAAUAGUUAACCAUUCAUGCCGAUAUACAUUUCCUUAAAUCUCUGCAAAUUACUGAAAACUGUUUGAAUCAUUAAAUUUGAUUUUAGCUGCAAACUGAAUAGAAUAUCUGAUCUACUCAAUUUCAAAAUACACAUUUUGUUCUUUCUCUACCCGUAAAUAUGUUACAAUGUCUGAAUGUACUUUGUCAAACCAUCCCUUUAAGCAGGGAUUUGUCUUCAUACUGUUGUUAAUAGAAUUCUAAUGAAGCUGUACGUAGAGACUGAAUGUGAAGCCUGAGCACAAAAGUAAUGCAUGACAUCCCUACCACUUUACAGGUUAUGUACUCUGUUUUUAGACCUCUAGGAAUGAAUGUAUCAGAGAAUGUUUUCGUAAUUUUGUCUAACUCAACCUGUAAUGAAAAUCUCAUUUAUUUUUAAAAAGAGUCCUUCAUUUGCGGAGGGACAUGGGAAUGGUGCAUUGUUGCCCUCUUUCUGAAAGGACCUUGCCUCUGCUUCAACAUGCUUCAAGUUUAUCGAUGCUACAUUUUGUAUUUUUCAAGUAUAAACUCUGCAAUAAAGAGAUGUAGUUUUUUUAA